GAGCUACUGGGGGGCGGAGGGAUCAAAACAUAAACAGAGAGAGAAGAGCACGCAGGCGGAAGGGUGAGAGUCGUGUGUGCGCUGAGUCUUCGGAUAGGGGUAGUGACAGGUGCCCAGUGUGUGGGCUAAAUAUCCAAGCAAUAUUGAGCAGGUCUAUAAAACACAAUGGAAAUAGAGACACCAAGUGACAUAAAUGCUAAUGUUGUGGAGUCAGAUUCUGAAUUAAGUGGAUCAGAGCUUAACAGAAAAGAAGAAAAUGGCAAUUUGGCAGAGUCCUCUAUUAGUGAAGCUAAACUUCAUGCCAAAGCGCAGCGGCGCCUGAGGAAAAAUUCUUCCCGGGACUCUGGAAGAGGCGACUCUGUCAGUGAUAAUGGGGAGAACACGCGGGGAGUUGUGCCCACCAGUCCAAAGUCAAAACUUAUGGAUAGAAAAUCCCGAACUGGAAAAGGAAGAGGCCUGCCAAAAAAAGGAGGAGCUGGGGGUAAAGGAGUGUGGGGGACACCUGGGCAAAUUUAUGAUGAAGAAAUUGUUGAUAUCAAAGAUCCGAACUAUGAUGAGGACCAGGAGAGCUGCAUUUAUGAGACAACGGUUCUUCCUCUGGACGAAAAGUCCUUUGAGAAAUCAGUCACUCCGAUUGUGCAGGAAUAUUUUGAACAUGGGGAUACAAAUGAAGUUGCAGAAAUGUUAAGAGAUUUAAACCUUGGUGAAAUGAAAUGUGGCUUGCCAGUGUUGGCUGUGUCCCUUGCUCUGGAAGGAAAAGCCAGCCACCGGGAAAUGACAUCCAAGCUUCUCUCACAUCUCUGCGGGACUCUACUUAGCAACGAGGAUGUGGAACGAUCAUUUGACAAACUCCUUCAGGAGCUGCCGGAACUGGUUUUGGAUACUCCCCGAGCACCACAGUUGGUGGGCCAGUUUAUUGCCAGAGCUGUUGGAGAUGAGAUCCUGAGCUCCACUUACUUAGAGGCCUACAGAGGGAUAGUGGACUGCGUUCAUUCUCGUGCUGCACUGGAUCGGGCAGCAGUGUUGCUGCGGAUGACAAAGGUCGGAAGAAGAAUAGACAGCGUUUGGGGGACUGGCGGGGGACAGCAGCCAGUUAAGAAGCUGGUUAAAGAGAUUGACAUGCUGCUGAAAGAGUACGUGCUUUCUGGAGAUGUCGUCGAAGCCGAACGGUGCCUGCAGGAGCUCGAAGUUCCUCACUUUCACCAUGAAUUAGUUUACGAAGCAAUACUGAUGGUUUUGGAAGCAACUGGGAACAGCGCAUACACAAUGAUGCUAAGUUUGCUGGAAGCCUUGUGGAAGUCAGGUGUUAUAACACUGGACCAAAUGAAAAGGGGCUAUGACCGAAUAUAUCAGGAAAUUCCUGACAUUAACUUGGAUGUACCCAACGCUUAUUCUGUACUGGAGCGAUUUGUGGAGGAUUGUUUUAAAGCUGGAAUUAUUUCCAAACAAAUAAGAGACCUCUGUCCUUGCAGAGGAAGAAAGCGGUUUGUAAGUGAAGGAGACGGCGGGCGCCUGAAAAGUGAGAGUUACUAACGAGGGGCAGCCUCCGUCUCCCAUGAGUAUGAUGAUGAUGAUGAUGAAGAAGGAUUUUGGGAGCAGUUUUAUACUCACAAGAUGUAAAUGUCAUGGAUAACAGAGCUUUUCAAUAAGCGGAUUUGAUAUGUCACAGAUUCAGGGUCAGUGAUUUGAGCAUUUAGAUAGAAAGCUGCUCACCCCAUACAGGAGAAUUAGUAUAAGCUGCCCCCUCUGAAGUGCCAUUUGCUUCUAUUCUAAUCAUUCCAUGCUCUGCACUGGCGUACAUCACUCUGACUCUCGCUGUAAAAUCACUGAUUAACACAAAGCUUUAUUAUACCACGGGGAACCCAGGUGCCUCCAGGCUGCUAGUUGUAGUUCAACAACAACUAGGAGGCCGCCGGUUGUGCAUAUCUGAUUUUUAACCUUUUCCAUGCCAGCUGCUUUUCAAACCUUGAUUUGGAAGCGGAUACAAAUUCCUGUACCGCUCUCCACGCGCUCUAUUGUUUUGUUGAGGUCAAUGAAAAAGGGGGGAGACGGGAAUGAAUCUUUUGUUCAGAAUAUGGUGGCUGGAACAUCUAUUUUUCUACAAAAACCAAAUAACUGGAAAAUCUAAGUUCUGCUGUGAAUGCAAAUAAAAACAAAUAAAUAUUGCGAGUGAA